GCGGUCUUGUGCUCACCAGGCUGUGAGUGCCCAUCGCCCGAGGUGCAGUGCUGUUCGGCCGAUGUGGAAGGAACAGUUCGCGCAUGCAGGGCCUGGUGACGCUGCAGCUGAGCCACAAGGUCGCUCUGUGAAGUACCGCCAGAUUGAAUGCACGGAGGACAAGCAAAAGAUCGAUUUAGCGCUCAAGCUGGGUGUGAUUGCUAAUCAAAAGGCCAGGCUGCUGGCCGCAGCGUGCACGGUAGAGAUCGAGAUGCUAGUGGAGGGCCCCAUCAUGAGGGCCAUGGCCAAGGCCCAUGCAGAGGAGUACUUGCCGAGGGUCAAGGGGAAGGCUGGACAUGGGUUGGGGGCGCCAGACUCAUUCUUGCUGACGGCUGCGAUCAUCACCAUGCUGGAGUCUUGCGAGGAAGGGUUCAAGGCUCCGCUGAAGGAGUACUUGGACAAGUUCAAGCCAGGGUCGAAGGAGGCACAGCACAUCGUGGGCCUCUUUCGCACCGAGAAGAUGUACGACAGCAAGAAGAAGCGUCUCAUCAUCGGAAUGAAGGAUGAGAAGUUCGAGAAGAUCCUCGUGAGCGCCAUCGAGUCGGUGGAGAAGCGUGCGGCAUUCUCUGGGCCGAGGCCGCCUGGACAUCUAGAGCUGGAGGGCCAGAAGCUGGUGAUCGACAGGGACCACGAGUGGUCCAAGGACCUUGAGUGGAUUAUAGGUGCGGUGCCCGUCAUAGAUGAUUGCCACGAGUGGUUCAGAGACCGCGAGUGGAUCAUAGGUGAGACGCCCGUCGACGAUGAUUGCCACAUGUGGUUCAGGGACCUUGAGUGGAUCAUAGGUGCGCCGCCCUCCUCGAAUGAUGACCGCGCGUGGAUCGGUUUCGUCGGGGAGGGUACCUCCAUCGAGAGCCUCGUGACCUGA